UUCAAUCCUCUCUCUUUCUCUUUGUUCUUUUUUUUUUUUUCUUUCUCCUUUUAUUUUUCCUUUUUGUAGUGCCUUUUUCUGAUGCUGAUUCUGUGAACGAGUACCCAGAUUCUCCUAUAAUUCAAAAAGAGUUUGCAGAAGAAGGAUUUGGGAGGACCAAGAUGAGGAAGCGUCAAGUGGUUUUGAGAAGAAGAAAGGAGUCUUCAACUACUACUUCAUCUGUCACAGUCAGGACUGUAAGAUAUGUUGAGUGCCAGAAGAAUCAUGCUGCCGGAGUGGGAGGCUAUGCGGUGGACGGUUGUCUCGAGUUCAUGGCCAGCGGGGAAGAAGGAACUGAUGCUGCACUCACUUGUGCUGCUUGUGGCUGCCACCGUAGCUUCCACCGCAGGGAAGUGGAGACCGAGGUGGUUUGCGAGAAUUCGGCGUCUUCAUCUGUGGCUUAAACUGGUUUCAUCUUCACAAGAUGCCAUAUAUACAUACAUAUAUAUAUUGUCGUUUUGCGCUCUUCUUGUUGAUAUCUAAGGUUUAUGGCCAUGACUUAAACCAGCUAUUUAUGUACAAAAGAGAGAGUAAAAGUUUGCUCUUAUUACUUGAAGUGAGUUUUAAUAUAAAAUAUCUGUAAUCAGAUUAUUAAAGAUUUAUGAAAUUAUUAACAAUUAAGUUGUUUA